AUGGCCUUGAACGGAUAUGGUGACGAGGUCCACGAGCGCGUGGUGGAUGAGACUUUGGAUCUGAUCGACGAUCUCGACUUGGACCAAGCGCGCAGCAUUCUCCGCUGCUUCACUAUCGAUGAAGAAAACUUCGACAGGCGUGCACUCGUGGCAAUUAUGAACACUGUGCGCGCGACCCGUGACAGGUCGCAAAGCGACUACGACGCGCUGGUUCACUUUCCCGACUGCAGAGUGGCGAAGCUGAACAGGGAGCAUUUGUUGAAGUCUCAGGCCAUAGCGGCAGAGGCAGAGAGGAUCGCCCAACAAGCUGUUGAGGAUGCUCAGAGAUCAACCCACUCCAGCCAAGCCCCGGCGAUCGUUCCCGACAUCGACAACAACGAGGAUGGAUCUUAUGAUCAACACCAUGGUACAGAGGCCUCAACCUCCAUCCCUGACCUUGGAGACCCGGGAUUCGAAAAUGUUGAGACCAGACGCUUUAUGAGCGGCGCCAACGUCACUAUCAACCAUUACUACAUGAACAAAGGCACCGAUGUCCAGACUGAGCCCAAGGCCGAGCCUCAGGCACAGCCCAAGGAACAGCCCAUGAAACAGCCCAAGGCAGAGCCCGAGCUCAAGCGCAAGCGCUGUCCUAAGCCGGAGCCUAUGCCAAAUUGGCUACUCUGUGCCCUUUGCGAAGAUUGGUACCUAGAGGCGGACAAUGUGCUCCAGGAAGAUGGAAGACCUCCCUGCGGUUAUCACACCGGACAAAUUGUCAACUACGGCAACAACGAAUAUCGCGCUUUGCAGAACUAUGGCAUCCGCAUGACGGGCAGAGCGUGGAACUGUUGUCGGCGUAGUCCCCAAGCGGCGGGCUGUCAUCCUGAAUUCCAUGAGCAGGCCGAGUGA